AAUUUUUUAGAAAAGUAUCAUUCCAGAAGGUUAGAGAAAGAGGAAGUAAUUAUUUUGCAAAAAAAAAAGAAUUGAAUCAAUACUACGAAUAUACUAGAAUGAUAUGAAAAAGUGAGCUAGAAUGUUCCACAAUAUUUUUACAGUCUGGUAAGAGUGUAUAUUUUCAACAAUCAGUAACAUUUAUCAUUAAUGUUAAGCAUAUAAGAAAAAUGACUUUCUUAUAUAUUUUACGAUAUUUCCAAGAACAGUAUUCAUUUUACUGUGAAUUUCUUCCCUAGCGCUAUGAAGUAUACCAAACUAAAACUCCUCAUUGCAAUGCUCACCAUCAUGGGAACCUACUGUCAAUAUAAAAGAGAAGCCAUAUUACAAGAGUUUCAUCUAAGUCAGAAGUAUAUUUGUCAAUACGGAAGCAAACUUGCAUUGUCUGCUUCGAGCGAGCUGCAUUGUGUCAACCGGUGUCUUAGAGAAGAUGCUUGUGAAACAGUCAACUUUUUCACCGGUGAUACGACUGACCAGUUAAAUUGUGAGAUAUUUUCAGAAUCAAAGGACGCCAAAGGAUGCUCACUGAUAGCAUUUGAAGCUGAGUCAAAAGCGAUUAAACUUAAGCGACUGGAGACACACGAAGAUGAUGGUUUAAUCAAUCGCCAACAAGUCAUGAAGAAAUCUCUUAUCGGGGCUUUUGUCUAUGAGUCGCCCCUUGGAUCGAUUGUGAUAACGUCAUCUCUUGCGAUGAAUGUGCCAGUCACUUCAUCAGGUAUAACUGUUGCUCAAAAGCUUCUGUUCUCAAUCUCCGGCUAUCAGUUACCAGAAACGUUACUUCCAAGCAACUCAAAACCUGGGCUCUCUUCCAUUGUCAAAAAUUCAUUUUCAGCUGAGUCAGCCAGCGCGCCGAAAUCAUCGAUAAGUCUCCACCCAUCAGAGACAUUGGGAAGCAUUGGUAUACCAGAGGCAACUAGACAGUUGAGAUUAACUCCGACCGCUUUGAUCACAACAGCUCCCACUAGUCAAGGGACUACAGCUUCAGGUUCUCAACCCGGCCUUGCCUCUAAUGGAAAUAUUCAACCUACUGCUUCAUCUUCCGUCGGAGUCACUCCGGAUCUAUCAAGCCAAGGUUUGACACUAGCAAUUACACAUGAAGUUUUUAAGUUCCUGAUUCUUAGCAAAGAAAGCUUUUGA